AUGGCGGAUAACAAGGCCAUAGAAACCGCGGAGGAUAAGCGAGAGUCAAUCGCAACUACACUACCUGUUUACGACGCCAGAAGUGUGGCCUCAGAGGAGCUGUACUUCGUCACGCCGCAGGCUACUGGACAGGACGAGGAACAGGCUGUCAAGCCUGACAACGAACCUAAGCUUUCGGAUGAGCUCAAGACGGAACGUGAGCGGAUUGAUGGCCCCAUGUCGCCCCAGACUAUAGUCGACACAGAUGUCGAGAUGCGAAGCAGAACCGAAGAGGCAGCAAAGUACUCCCAAGAAGCUCCACAGGAGGCGCCUCCGCUUCCGCCGAAGGGGCCGAUUGACGAUGAGUCUGUCACCGUCGAGAAGAAUGUCAUCUUCAUGGACGAAAAGCCACCUGUCCUUCCAACGCGACCGUCACUAUCGGAAGACGAGAAGCGCGCAAUGCAACUUCAAGCAGAAGAGGACGGUGUGCAUGCUGGACCAGCGAGCCGCGGAAAGGGCGUUUCUUUCGAAGACACAGAAAAGCCACCGGGCCUUCCCACUCGACCGGCCUCUGACGACGAGGAACUUGCAACGAACCCUCAAGCUGAAGAGGACGACACGACGCCCAAUCUUUCAGUUCGCCAUGUCUCCUUCGAUCCAGCUCUCGGUACCAGCCAGUCCACGUACACGUUUCUCUGGCGGCGUCCGCUCACGGACUACCCAACUCUAACCAUAACCCCAAAUGCCGACUCGCGUUCCUACUGGCGCCUCAAUUACGAAUCAAAGUACUUUGCGCGUUUGUAUCGAUAUCAGGCCGAUCAAGCUCGAGUGGACGGCGAUAUUCCCGCUCGUCAAGUCGCAGAGAUCAAAUUUCCGGAAUUCAUCUGGCCUGGCUGCGGUCCUGCUAUUAAGAUUGAGCCACAUGGUGAAGCUGCUGGACCGGAGCGGAAGGAGACAUUCAUGAAGUGCGCUGGCUGGAUGACCACAAGGUACUCCUUGGAUAUGUCUGUGCUUGGAGGUGCCAAAUGCACCUGGCGUGCGAUCCGGCCUCCGAAGAAAGACGCAAAUGGAGGCGGCAAUGGGCAGGAUGCAGACAUGCCGUCGCAGCCUGAUCCUACCGGCUCCGACAGCGCAUCUCCAACGAGAGGUCCGCUUGCGCAAAAGAGUGCCGGCGAGCUCGUCACGGUCGGAGACGUUAUAGCCCAAGCCAAGGCGUACAUCAACGACGAAAGCUGGACACCGUACCCGAAACUUCAUCUCGUGCUGGGCACCGCAACCAGCUCUGGCCGCGUAAUCGCCAGCUAUUCCCGUGCAGCACCUUGGAACAAGAACGCCGGCGAACUAUCCAUCGUCUCCUCUCAACACGAGCCGAAUUCUGACGAAUACACCGAAGGCAUCAUCAUCGCGUGUACAGCCAUGGUCGGCAUGCAAGAUCGUAUGGGACUUGCGAAUUCGCUCAUGGAAGCCUCUACGGAAUCCGUCGUGGCUAGCAAGCGGAAGGGUAACUUGCCUACCGCAAAUAAGAUCAGACCUUAUAUUCGGUUGCAAAAGAGCAACACCGCGCCGACGUCUGAGAAGACGGCCGCAGCGCCUGUGGUGCCUGAUUCUCGGCGCGAGACGGUUUUUCAGAGGUCUCUGAAGAGAUUGUCGGCGCAGCUUGUUGCGAGGCCAGCAGGGGCUGUCCCGGAGAGAAAGGGUGCUGUGGAUGAGAAGAAAGAGGUUGGUGUUGCGGCUUGA